GGCGAAGUUACCUGGUGAUAUAUAAGACUAUGAAGAUCCGACGAAGGUUCCCGUAUACGUCCGUAUAACACAUACCCGUAUAAUCUAAUACCCCGUAUGUAACAAUCUCCGAACCACGCCUCUGCUAUGAAAGUCUUCGUUUUCGCUUUGCUCUUUACGCUCGUUUCGUCGGAACGCGGCGUCCUCUACAGGUCCCGCACGUUUCGUCAACCCGUCGUCAUCCGGGCGGCCAAUAAGUGGCCAGAUCGGCUUCAACAAUCGAAAUUGAAUGAUGAAAGAGAUUCAGAGCAGCCGAUAAGGAGGACGAGGGCGACGGCGGGCAUCACUGCGAACGAGUACGACCUGGCGAACGACAAUCAUCCGCGCGGGAUCAUCCAUUGGUCAGGAAACUACAGCAAGGCUGUGUUCUUUGUUACACAAGCAGGGAACCCCGUCUCUCAAAGCACAACGUGGAGAUCUACAGACUAUGGGCGGACGUUUUCUAAAGACGAUGACAAGUUUGAUUCAAAUGCUGUUAUUGACAAUUUCUAUCCGUGUCCAAAUAACAAAAUGAAGUUGAUAUUUACCGAUGUUAAGACGAAACGUGUGUAUGUGACAGCUGAUGAAGGAACAAAAUUCAAGCAUUCUAAAGUUCUUCAGUUCAAGCCGUCAUUUAUAUUGUUUCAUCCGAAACUUGAAGAUGUUGUGAUUGCUCAGGAUUUGGUGGCUCACAAGGCAUAUGUUUCUACUGACUUGGGCAUGACAUGGACACAGUUAGCUCCAAAUAAGGCAAACUCAAAAAUAUAUCGCAUCUCCUGGGGGGUGCCGGGUGUUGACUCACCGGAAAUCAUCUUCUUUGAACUCUCACAAGAUGGUACUUCUGCUGUGUUGUAUCAAGACAAUGUGACGGCUAUUGGUGGCUCCUUUCUCCAACCGUUUCAGGGAUCUAGUCUACAUUUUCUAGCUAAUUCGUUGGAAGUUGUUGACGAGUACAUGUUUGUGUCGGUUUCCAUGGGAAACGAUCUUGCCAUGUAUCGAUCGUAUCAACGGAAAUCGUUUGAGAAGGCGUACUUUGCAACGGAGUUUCCUUUUAAGGAUUUUUUUGUUGUUGAUGCAACUGAGCACCAGAUGUUUGUCGCUGUCUACCACUUCAACAAUCUCACCAGUGUGUACUCUUCUGACGUCACUGGACGAUUCUUCACACUCUCUAUUGACAAUGUUGUGUCAGCCUCGUCACUUGCCUGGCUUACAAACAACAAUCUGUUUGUGGAUUUCUACAGAGUUCGUGGCAUUCAGGGCAUCUACAUUGCAAACAAACUCACUAAAGACGGAAAAAAGCAGUCUUUGAUAUCGUUCAAUAAAGGCGGAAGUUGGCAACCGUUGAUGCCAUCGAAGGGCGUCACGUGCUCAACAACUAUUUGUAAUGUCAAUCUUCAUAUGUCGUACGGCAGUCAACAGCAAGGUUUACAGGAUAUUUUCACAUCGGAAAAUGGCAUUGGCCUGCUGAUGGCUCAUGGAAAUGUUGGUCCAUUUCUUCGUGAUGAAGCAACUCUGAUGGUUUCGCGAGACGCGGGUCUCACUUGGGACAUGGCACUGCAAGAGAGCAGCUCCAAUGCAAGGGGAUUUGAUUUUUUGUUUGGCGACCACGGCAGCUACAUGGCGGCUACUGAUCAUUACCAACAGUCGACGUAUCUUCAUUACAGUUGUAACGAGGGAACGGACUCAAAGUGGCCUGGCAUCCAGUUUAGCAAUUCGAACAAUCUCGUUGUGAACGGCAUGUUUACUGAACCCGGUGAAACAACAGAAAUUGCAACAGUCUUUUGUAGUCGAUUGGAUCAGCAUAAUUACUUUCAGAAUUGGGUGGUUGUGCAAUUAAACUUUACAACUUUGUUUCCCAAGAAAUGUGAAUCGUCUGACUAUAAGGAUUGGGUGCCACUGGAAGAAGUAAACAAUGUGAUGUGUCUUCUUGGUCAACGUUCUUUCUAUCAGCGUCGUAUAACCGAUCAUUGUUGCUACAAUGGACGAGAGUACAUACGACCGGAAAAACAGUUGUACUGUACUUGUACAAGAGAAGACUAUGAAUGUGACUACGGAUACGUUCCAAGUUCAACGACAGCAGACAAAUGCAUAGAAUCCAAACGCAUCACAGCGUACAAUCCAAAGAACCACUGCACCGAAGGCGAGACAAUCAGCGUAACUCAAGGAUAUCGUAAGGUGUCCGGUGAUGUAUGCAGAGGUGGAGACACGAGUCAAUGGGCAAUGAAACAAGAGAAAUGUGUUGCAAUGGCUCCUGGCGAGUUGACGUUGGAGUCUGAUAUUGAAGGCAGUGGAGUUCCCAUCGGACGACAAGUACAUUUUACAUUGAGACAAAAAAAGGGUUUCUUUCAAGGUAUCAAGUACGUGUGGUCAUUUGGUGACAAAUCUCAACUCGUCUCGACUCUUCAUGUCGAUAACUUCCCUGUAGUUAAGAAUCACUCAUACUCGACAGCUGGUAGCUACAAGGUGACAGUGAAUGCCAGCAAUAGUGUUGGGUUGUCAACCGUGCAGCUAGUGGUGACAGUCUACGACGUCAUAUCAACUUUGAAUAUUAUCCCUCCUCACGCCGUUUUACCAACCGACAAUGUCACUUUCAUCUGCCAGCCAACAGGCAACACACUCGCACCAAUACAUUACGAAUGGAAGUUUGGAAACGACGACACAUCGUUCACACUGACACGAAAUCGCACCAUACAUCACGUGUUCGGAUCGACUGGAAAGUUUCUCAUCUCGGUGACUGCAUACAAUCCCGUGUCGACGAAGUCAUCACAUGUUUACGUUUCAGUCUACAGUGCAGUACGGACGUUGCGUCUCGGUUUCAGUCGUUCCGCUGUGAAGGAAAAAGCUACGCUUGAUGAUUUCGAUAGUCUGAUGGCUGAUAGUUUGGUUAAUGUGGUUGCACAGGUGACUGGAUAUGAUACGAGUCGAUUUGAAGCAUUUGUGGUCUACCCUCCUGCAUCAGAUCAAGUUGAAGUCGAUUUAUCUGUAGUCGCCAACAACAAGAAUGAAGAGAGUGACAUUGAAACAAUCUUGCAGUGGGUGAAAUAUGCUGUGGAUGCACACGAAAUCACUGUGGUGUUGACACCACAAAGUUCACAAAUCGAAGAAAGUUCACUGAUUGAAGCAAUUUCAUCACAUGAAGUGAUUGUAAAUCCUCGUAUCCAACCAUCAUCUGCCAAACAUGUCAAUAGUGUUGGUGGUGAAACCAUUGGCAUCAUCAUCAUCACCAUAUUGGCUGUACUCAUCAUCAUCAUAUCCAUCAUAUUUGGCAUGUGGUACAGACAACGUUACUCAAGACUUGAGAACUCAUACUUUAGAUUGAAUCAAGACAGGAAUGUUCACCUUACAUUAGAUGAAGAUGACAGCGACGACGACUCUCCUCUUGCACUUGCAAGGAGCCACGAUGAUACGAAAGCAACAAACAAUGAUGAUGAUGAUGAAGACGAUGAUAAACUGCUGAAUGACGUGUAAAUAACUGUUACAUUUACUAGAAAUGCAAUGAGUGUGUCCAUAAGGAUUAUUGUAUGUAUCUGCUGGGUUAGCUGUUUAGAGUUGAUCUUCUGUAUGUGCUCACUGUGUGUUGCUGUUCAAACAUGAUUAAUUAAUUAACACAAACUUAGAAAAGCAAAACUCAUAACUUAGCUGGAGUGACAUUGUAACAUAAACUGUUGUUGUAAACUGACAGUCAAAUGUG